GGCCUAUUCCCUUGAACCAAACGCAGCAUUACAGGCUUAACUGAGCUGUCACAAACCACAUCCUUGUCCUGGUAAACUUCCUUAGAUGCCACCUCAAUGAUCCACCUUCCGUUCUUCUAUCAACUUGAUUCUCAAUCAGGACUUUUUCGCAGUGUGUUCAUAGACGGAAGAGCUAUCAGAUACUGAUUGUUUAACUGAACUCCGAUUCCCAGGAGAUUAUGGCGGAUCCCAGAGAGGGGGAGAAUGCGCCGGCCCCAAUGCCACCCCCUCCCGCCGCCGCCGGCGCUGCCACUCAUGAUGCCGAGAAUCAGAUUGCGACGGGGACGGGUACCGGAGUCACCCACAUAAUCCGGCGAUGGAGAAGAGAAGAUUUCAUCAAGAAAUCUUAUUUGGGUCUACGCUGCGGCGCUCUGGUUUUCUCAUUGCUUGCUUUCAUCAUCAUGGCCAGUAAUCAGCACGGAGACUGGAAAGAUUUCGACAGAUACGAGGAAUACAGGUAUGUGUUGGCAAUAGCGGUUCUGUCUACAUUGUAUACUGGUUUACAAACUUUCCGGCGAUUCCAUGAGCUCUCCACCGGCAAAGAGUUCUCGUCGGCUAGAAACUGGGAUAUGGUAGACUUUUUAGGCGAUCAGGUGGUGGCAUACUUGUUAAUAUCAUCAGCAUCAUCAGCUGUGCCACUAACGAAUAGGAUGAGAGAAAAUGUGGACAACAUCUUCACAGAUUCCUCUGCUUCGGCUAUAAGUAUGGAGUUCUUGGCGUUCCUUGCCAUGGCCAUCUCCGCCAUUAUUUCUGGAUAUAAACUUUCGCGCCACUCGUAUAUUUGAUUGUUGAAUUGAUCAUUUGUGUUACGAUUAUUAUUGUUAUAUUCUUUCUGUCACUAUUACUUUGUCAUUCUCUUGUGCAUAAACUUCGGCCUUGUACAUAACUACAUACAUGUGUGCUGAAUCUUCAUCUCUUUUGUUUGGCUGAGUCGCGAGUGAGGGUAAGAUUUGCCAGGUAAUAAGUCCCCUAAGAAAGGUUUGAUGUGAGAAAUAUUCUUUAUGUAAUUGAGUUGUUCUGGGUAUGUAUGAUAUUGGACAUGUUUGGUCGCCUCGUACUUCGUAUUUUACAAAGUUACUUUUUUUUAUUGACGUGAGCA